AUGGAGCUCACAUCACCCACACAAGAUACCAUGAGUCAAACCAUGGCUCCCUCCUUCUCCAAGUUCAACGACCUUCCUCCAGAACUGCGCAUCAAGAUCUGGCAAACAGCAAUGCCUGAAGCUCGGACUGUUGUAGUCAAGUCGCCCUAUGCUCCCAAGGAUGAUGCUCCUCCGUCACUAGAAGAGGCAUUGGUACACACCGACGGCCCCACCAAAACCUGGACAUCAAAUACCCCAAUUCCAGCUCUACUGCAUGUUAAUGCCGAAGCACGGCACGAGGCCUCGAAGCGCUACCAGCUUGCCCUCAGUGUCGGACAACAUCAGCCGCGAAUCUAUGUCGACUUUACACGAGACACAAUUUUCCUUGGCAGCUCAGAGCUCAAGCCAGAGUGCUCAUCACUAUGGUCCAAGACCAACGACAUGGAAAAGAUUGAGAGACUUGCAGUCGUUCCCGAGGGAGCCUGGAGAGUAUUGCGCUGGAAGAAGAUCGACUUUGACAGGCUACAAAAGCUCACCUUUGUUCACGACACGGAAAAGCUGAAGCUGGGUCCUACAAUGGAACUCGUGGAGGACAAGGCGCAGGACGAGGCAGAGGAGCUGGUGGAGCGCAUUGAGCAGGCACAACGACUCCCAGAACCAGAAGCGACCGAGGCACCCCUUGAGAAUGAGAUGAAGCAGCGCAUGCAGGCUGCGCGGGACGAACUGGAAACACUGAUGAUGGUUUUGCCAACGACAUGGGAAAAGGAGCCAAUUAUUUCAACAGCAGUCUUUGCGUAA